UAACUUUUAAAAAUGUCCGAGAAGUGAACACACAAAGUUAACAUGUUCCAUAGUGAUCACAAAUCCCAGACGUGCUGACAGCCCGUACUAACACGAUGAAGUUUUCAAUCCAUUCUACACUUCUAUGGAUCGUUCUGUCACUGGCGGACGGGGACUUUCACCACUUGCGGGGACCCAGCUUCCUGAUGGAACCUCCCUCCAAACUGGAAUUCAGCAACUCCAGCGGGGGUUGGUUGGACUGUUCAGCGUCCGGCAGUCCACCGCCGGCCCUGGACUGGUUGUCCGUGGAUGGGAACUCAGUGGGUGACGUGCCUGGUGUCCGCCGGGUUCUCCGUAAUGGAACCCUUGUCCUUCUACCGUUCUCGGCAGAGGCGUAUCGUCAGGAUAUCCACAACACUGUAUAUCGCUGCGUCGCGCAGAACGCCGUCGGAAGGAUCCUCAGCCGUGACGUACAAGUCAGAGCGGUGGUAACACAAGCUUACAAGGUGGCCGUGGAGGUCCUAGGGGCUGCUAGAGGAUGCACCGCUAUACUACAGUGCGUAGUAGACCGGUCUGUCAGGGACAUGGUCAAAGUUGUUUCCUGGGUACAGGAACCUAGCUUCUUCAUAUAUCCUUCCCUACAAGGAGACGGGAAGUUCCAUGUCUUGCCUUCAGGCGAGCUCCUGGUGCACAACGUGGAGUUUAGCGACCAAUUUCCCUCCUACAGAUGUCGCACUAGACACAGGCUGACCCGCCAGGUCGAGGUCAGCUCCCCUGCAAACGUCAGAAUACAAGAGCACAGAGGUAUCGUGUCUCCGGCGAUGGUGGAACACUCCCCCACAGUCCAAGUGUCACACGACGAGGGUGCCGUGUUGUUGUGUCUCGCCCAAGGCUGCCCCACCCCUGAUUACAGGUGGUACCACCUCCAGCCGGGCUACGAAGCGGUUUCAGUAGUACCAGGACCACGAGCGAGGGUCCUAGGCCCUGUUCUUGCCAUAGAGGCUGUUACCGAGGAGGACGCAGGUCUGUACCGGUGCUCGGCCAGUAACGCGGGGGGAGAGGCCAGCGCGGAGCUCAGACUUGUCGUCACCAACACACUCCAUGUCGAGGUAUCACCAACUGUACUUUCCGUGCAUUUGGGGGGCUCUGGAGAGUUCCGGUGCAUAGUAUCUCCCCCAGGCACCUACCUGACCACAUGGUUCAAGGAUGGCCGAGUAUUACCGGGCAUGAGCAGUGGGGAUACUCUGGUGCUGAACGGCAUCAACAGGGAGGACCAGGGCAUGUACCAAUGUCUGGUACGGAGGGCUGAGGGGGAGACAGCUCAGGGGGCGGCGGAGCUACAGCUUGGUGACGCAUCCCCUGCUCUGUCGUACACCUUCAUAGAACAGACGCUUCAGCCAGGACCUGCUGUUUCGCUCAAAUGCAGUGCACAGGGAAACCCCACACCCCAAAUUACGUGGGCCUUGGAUGGCUUUUCUCUUCCCAAUAAUGUUAGGUUUAUGAUCGGUCAGUAUCUGACGAUCCAUGGGGACGUUAUCAGCCAUGUGAACAUCUCCAAUGUGGCAGUGGAGGACGGGGGAGAGUAUUCGUGUACGGCGGAGAACCGAGCAGGCAAGGCUACACAUUCGGCCAGGCUCAAUGUGUACGGUUUGCCUUACAUUCGGCUGAUCCCCAAAGUCACAGCGGUUGCCGGGGAGACCUUCCAACUAAAGUGUCCGGUGGCUGGAUAUCCGAUAGAGGAAAUACACUGGGAAAGAAGCGGACGUGAGCUGCCAGAUGAUCUGCGGCAGAAAGUGAUCGGCGGGACUCUGAUGAUAAGCCCGGUUCAGAAGUCGGCAGACGCGGGAGUCUACACUUGCUGGGCACGCAAUAAACAGGGCCAAAGUGCGAGGCGUAGUGGAGAGGUUGCUGUAAUAGUUCCUCCUGUAAUUGAACCCUUUUCGUUCCCCGGGGAGGGGCUCCCCGAGGGAACUCGCACCCGCAUGGUGUGUGGGGUGAGCCGGGGAGAUCCGCCCUUGCACAUCCACUGGCUCAAAGACGGGUCGAAGCUGCCCGCGCAUCUGGCAGUUAACGUCUCAACCCUUGACCCCUAUUCUAGUCUCCUCAGCAUUUCUAGUCUGACCGAAGGCCACUCUGGGGAGUACACUUGUGUAGCCUCCAACCCUGCUGCCAGAGUUAGGUACACGAGCAAGCUUCAAGUAAAAGUGCCGCCCCGCUGGGUGGUGGAACCUGGUGACGUCAGCGUGGAGAGGAACCGUCACGUGACCAUCAACUGUCAAGCGCAGGGAGUGCCACAGCCAGUCGUCACAUGGAAGAAGGCUACUGGAAGCAAAUCCGGAGAGUAUGAGGAAAUCAGAGAACGGGUGUACACAAGACUCCUAGGUAACGGAUCCCUGUUACUUCAGAAUGUUAAAGAAGAUCGUGAAGGCUUCUACCUCUGCCAAGCUACUAACGGCAUCGGAAACGGCAUCGGGAAAGUGGUGCAGCUCAAGGUUAACUCAUCUCCUUACUUCUCGGCCCCGUCUCGAGUGGUUACCGUCAAGAAAGGAGACACUGCCACUCUGGUGUGUAACGUCAAUGGGGACACUCCCAUCAAUGUUCGGUGGAUGAGGGGAGGAAAAAUACAGCUGACACCAGCCUCUAACUACAGGUUGACAAUGAAACAGGACAUUACACCAGACGGGGUGACGGCUGAGCUACAGAUCUCCUCCACUGAGUCAGCAGACACGGGGGCUUACUUCUGUCAGGCCAGCAACCUCUUCGGCAAGGACCAGCAGCUUGUUCAGCUCCUUGUACAAGAGCCUCCUGAGAGUCCUUCAGACCUUAAGACGGUUAUGGUGAGUAGCCGCACAGCCAACAUCCAGUGGCACCACCAGUCCGGGGAGGUCACCAGGUUCAUAGUACAGUACAAGGAAGGGGAUGGUGUGUGGCAACAGCUGGAGUUGAGCGGCCAGCUGAGAGGUGCUCUCCUGGAGAACCUAAAGCCUGCGACACGUUACUCGGUGCAUGUCCAGGCCGAGGGCCCCGCGGGGCGCAGCAAGCCCAGCCAAGAUCUGCAGUUCAAGACGGAGCCCCAGCGCCCCGCAGGUCCACCACUCAAUGUGGCCGUCAGGGCCGUAUCUUCCACCCAGCUCCUGGUCACGUGGGCGCCUCCCCUACCUGAACUCCGACACGGUGACAUACAAGGCUACUAUGUGGGCUACAGGGAGAUUAACUCUCCUAAUGGUAACUACAACAUGACGGCGGUGAGUGGGGUGAGCGACGAGGGUGGCGGAGAGCUGAUACUCUCGGGACUGCUAAAGUUCACCCGCUACUCUCUGGUAGUGCAGGCCUUUAACCAGGUGGGCCAGGGGCCGCAGUCGGAGCCUGUGUCCGCUCAGACAAUGGAGGACGUUCCCAGUGCUGCGCCCGAAGAUGUGCGAUGUGCGGCUCUAAGCUCCCAGUCCGUCCAGGUCAGCUGGCAUCCCCCGCCCCACAUUCACAGCAACGGUAUAAUCCAGGGAUACCGACUCUUUUAUGACACCCAUGACCAAGUUCUGGAUUUGGGGAUGGACUCACGCAAGACGACCGCAAUGACGAUCGUGUUGACAGGAUUGAUGAAAUUUACUAACUACAGUGUGCAAGUCUUAGCCUUCACUCGUGUAGGGGAUGGCGUCCCUUCCCGCCCUAUAUUCUGCCAGACCGAGGAAGAUGCUCCCGGCUCUCCCGCUGACAUCAAGGUGGCUGUGAGCUCGUCUAACUCUCUCGUAGUUUCCUGGCUACCUCCUAACGAUCCCAACGGACUCAUCACGAAAUAUAAUCUGUAUACAAGAGUGGUGGACGGAAGAGAAGAGUUAAACCAUGGGAAGAGAAAUCUGCCCAGCCAGCAUAUGAGUUACGAGGCUAAGGGGUUGCAGCCCCACGUCGAGUAUCAGUUCUGGGUAACAGCCUCUACCAGGGUUGGUGAGGGCCAAAGCUCCAGAGUGGUUGCCCAGGUCCCGACAAGCAGAGUUCCCGCGAAGAUAACAUCUUUUGGCGGUCUGGUACUGCGGCCGUGGCGGAGUUCCGUGUCUCUGCCAUGUCACGUGGUGGGGGCGCCUCAGCCUCGCCGGGAGUGGCUCAGAGACGACCGCCCGCUACAGAUUUCCACCGGCCACAACAUCCAGCUCAUGGAGUCUGGUGAAGUAGUCAUUUCCGGUCUCCAGCGGGCAGACAGCGACAACUACACGUGUCACGCUGAAAACAACAUCGGCUCCGACAGCAUAUACUACACGUUGGUUGUGCAAGUGCCUCCAAGUGCUCCAGUCCUCUACGUUACCAGCGCAACAAGCUCCAGUAUCCUACUCCACUGGAAGGCUGGAGACAACGGAAAUGCAGCGAUCACUGCCUACACGCUCAACUAUCGUCGCGCUCAUGCGGACCUAGAGGAGUUGACUUUGUCUCGACGCACAACCAGCUACGAACUUAAGGGUCUAAUGUGUGGUAGUACAUAUCACAUUUACCUGUCGACCCACAAUCGUCUCGGCAGUUCGCCUCCUAGCCCUACACUGUCCGUACGCACCCAAGGGCAGUACCCAAGUGUGCCUCCAGCCUCCACCUUCCUUACCCCCAACUCAUCCUCGGUCAUGCUGCGACUCCACGUCUGGCCCGACAAUGGCUGUCCACUCCUCUACUUUGUCGUCCGCUACAGACCGGUCAACAACCCCGAGUGGAUUCUAGUCUCAAACAACCUAAAGCCCCAAAGACGGUUUGUGAUGACCGGACUCCUUCCUUCUUCAGAGUACCAACUCCAAGUAGAAGCUCACAACAUCGCCGGCUCCUCUACUGGGGAGUACACCUUCUACACGCUCACCAAGGACGGAGAUCUUCCUCCCCCAGAACUAGUACGGCGAGGACAACUAGGCAAGCCUUUCUACACUGAUUUCCGCGUCUUGCUCCCUCUUCUAGUGGCCACUUUGGGUAUUCUCGGUGCAGCCUCGGCCUUCUUACUCUGUAGGAAAACGAGACGAGAACGGAGACCGGUCAAAGAAACACUGGAUAACCAACAGAACGCAGAAGCACAAAGAGAGCGAUACUAUGCUACCAUUCAUAAAGUUGCACUCCAGGCAAACUCCGAUAAGAUACCAGAAACUUCAGAAGACAUCUCUCCCUAUGCUACAUUCCAACUGGCAGAUCCAAACAACACUUUGCUGCAUAGUUUCAUGUACCAUGAGCAGGCCAUGACGGAAGGUUGCGCCUCACCCCCGCCCCCCGGGGUACGUUACCCUAACCCCCCUAGUUCGAAGUCACGUCGGGCGCGCCGACGCAGUAGUCGUAAGACGGAUGCUGAAACUGAUGAGUCAGACAGUGAAGGUGAUCAGCUGACAUCUAGUCGAACUGAAUCCUCCAAUCAACUUGACGCUAACAAGGCGCGACAGAGUCAGUAUUUUAUAUAUCACGGAGCUCAGUCCAGUACGUCCUCAGACAUAUCACCGAUGUCAGAACAAAAAUCCUUACCAAGGCGGGGUGGUCGCUCGAGAUGGUUGUCGCCUGGUAAAUCAGCGAUGCGCACUUCAUUGUCUAUAGCAGAGACAUCGUUCAGAGGGGCUCCAGCACAGAGUUCAGAACUGAGUGAGGCGGAGUGUGACAUUGACACGCUUAAGAAGCUCAAACUAGGUUUGAGGUCUAGCCUGUGGUCUAGACCUUCUAAUCACACGCAGAGUUCUGACUAUUCCAUAGCAGUCUAGUGUCCAGACCCUGCUGCUCUCCGCUCCGCCUGUGAUGGACUUUAGCUCCUUUUUGUAUUGAUUUUUCUAGUACUAUAAAUAAAAUGUACUAAUAUAAAGACUUUCUGUUGAAUCUAAGUCUAAGUAUCCGUAAGGAUGUUUUCGUCCUGUUGGAUAUCCUCUUAAAAUUCUAUUCCUACUGGACGAAGUAAGAUGAGUAAUUAUCUAGUGUUAAAUUAUUCUGGAUUUUCUUGGCAGAUUGCAUGGUUCCGCAUGUUUGGUUUUUUCAUAACGAAACAUGUUUUACUACUUCUAAAACAUUGAUUAUGUAGAAAGUACAUCUAUUUUUAUAAAUUGGCCGUCAACCUGCCCUAACAAUACACUAAAAGAAAUAGUGUACCAGUACGUGUCUAACAUUAAACAACAUUAAUCGACGGUACCAAUCUGGACAUUAUUUAAUGUUAUCGUUUAAAAUUAUUCACUUGUAAAAUAACUUACUUUCCUAUUACUGUAUUAUAGUAACCUUCCCUACUAUAAGUAUUCAGUGUUUUUGUUGUUAAGUUUAUAUUCAUCAUUUGCAGCACAAUCACACUUUUAACAAUCAAAGAGACUUCUAGGAGUCUUAAGAGAAUAGAAAAUUACCAAUAUAACUUUCAACUGUUUUUGGAUAUAAUAAAAAAAACCCUUCCCUUACGUGAACAUAGGCGUAUUUAGGAGAACCUAAUGCGGUUUUGAUUACCAUUACCGGAAAAUCUUACAAUUAGACAUACAUCCCAGUCAAGCUAUAGCUGGAGAACACUCCCCGCAAUAUUUUUAAUAUUAUAAUAUUAAAAAUUACAAGUUUGGAAGCCUUCUGAGAUAAUUUUCUUCUUCUUUAAUGUCCCGUAAAAUGAUUAAAACUUAAGAUAAAAAUUGAUAGUGACCGCCCGAUAACACGUAAAAUAGGAACAUUACGUUAUUUUAAAGGGGUUUAAAGAGGUCUUAAGAACUACAACUCACAUAUUCUAUCCUUUGGUUCAAAUUUGUAUAUUAUAAAAUGGGCUUCGCAAAUUUAUUUAUUUUACUUGAGAAUGUUAAUGUAUUUGUUUUAUUUCAAUAGUACGUAUUGUAUAUGAUUGUUUUUCAUUUCAAACCAUGCCAUCCAUUAUAAAAAGAUGCUGGCAAUUAGAUCGAUAUAUAUGUUUAUAGAGGAUAUACUAUUGUAUAUACAACUACACGAUAUAUCAUGACGCGUGAAAUAAGCAAUUGUGCUUUUGUUAUAACCGAGCGGUUGACGUUCACGCUUUAAAAUAGACAAAACAUAUAUAGCUUAUUAAUUAGAUACUUAAAAAGCACGAUAUUUUGUUACUUUGGUUAUAUAAUUUAUGUUUUUAAUACACAAAGUAUGCCGCUAACACAAGGUAGCAAUCGUUAAAUAACUUUCGUAAUAAUACACGAACGCAGGUUACGCCAAUUGCAAGUCGACGAAAAAUUAAUCUAUUUUCCUUGCAGAUAUUAAGCUGAUGUUAAUCGUUAUAACAAAGACUCUAAUACCAUAUUAGAUAUUCUUUAUGGUUACAAUUUAAGGUAAACUAUUACAGGCAUCAACCUAAUAUCGUACAGAGGAGUCACUGUGUUGAACAUCCUUCAUAUAAAAAAUUUAUGAACUCUCCAGUCUCGCUUGUCUGUCAAUGAAUGUCUUUUAUUUAGAAAUUUAUCUAUUUGAAUAUGAACUCAACAUUGAGCUUGCUAUUAAAGUGUUUCUUAUUAUUAUUAUUUACGAUUUAUUCCUUUAAUUAUAUACACAAAAGCGAAGUGUUCUCUUGUGUUAAGUUAAAUAAAUUUUAGGAAUACAAAUCUCAAAUGAUAUUUUUUUAAGAAACCGUGAUAUUUUCCUUCUUUGAACAAAAUGAAAUAUACCUCUCACUCCUCCCCCCCCCCCCCGGAAACGCCUAUGUACUUAAAUGAGACAUUAAGAGAAACGAAUUCUAUGAAUUUAAAGAAUUCUUUUAAAUUUGCUGUAACUGAUAUGCUUCGUUUGAAAAAACUGUAAAUUUGAAUAGUGUUUCUUCAUAAUUUUGGUUAUCUAAUGUAAACGUAAUAAUUAAUAAUUCAUAUAGAUUUAAAUGAGUUAUUUUACCCUUAAUGUUAUUUUAUUAUGAACGUUAGUUAAUCCCUGACUUAAACACUCUUAAGUUAGUUGACUUAUACUACAGUGUUUUGAAUGUAAAUACUAUAUUUACUGAAUACAUAUUUUCCUAGCCAAAUGAUGGAUGUAUGUUGUGAAAUGAAGAAAAUAUGAAUAUAACUAAAUUAAAUGCAAGUUGUACAUCUGUAAAAUAUUGUACGUGUUUCUUGUAUCAAGGAAACGUAACAGCUUACGUAAUGAUGGAAAAUAAAUACAUAUUUUAUUGGUAUAAAUGUUAUUGUUAUAAUUUUUAAAUAUAUAUUUACAAUGUUUCUUGAAAAAAUGCUAUUCAAGAAGUAAGGUUUUACUCAACCGUUACAUUGGAGUCACAAUAAAUUAAUCAUUUUAUAGGCUACCAUUAUAAACAUCAUUUUAAAUUAUUAUUAUAAUUUAAAGAGUUACAAUCGGCUACAUGGUAAAGAUUGCUCAAAUAUUUGAGUAGUAAUGUUAUUAACUAAUGUGUUCAACUGUACAUAUGUACAUAGACUGUAACUUAUUUCCAAUCAAACUACGUUCCCUGUGUAUUUGUAGAUUGAACGCAUUGUCAGUCAGCAUGUCAGCCAUUAAUAUUAAUUUAACGUUAUUUUAAACCCACAUUCAACUUUAAUUGUGAAGUGAGUAGAGUAAGGAAAAGCUAAUUCCAAACUGAAGACUGUGCCGUAAACUUGACUAAGAGUGACCUUAUAUGUGAGCAGAGAAUGUUAGGGAGAGCGCAAUAAUCAAAUCAGCUGUUUGAAAGGUUCGUUACCAGGAUGUUAGUAUAAAUGAGUUGCCAAAUAUUUAUAGUCUACUAUAGUUGAUAAUUGUGUACUGUCUUUAACUUAUUGUAUAGUUUCUGUGUAUUUUACAAAGAGUGUAAUAUCUCAGAAUAAUAAAAUGAUUUUCAUUAAAACUA